AUGAAUUCUUAUUUUUACUUAUUUAAAUAUAUAGUGAUUGGCGAUACUGGAGUAGGUAAAUCAUGUUUAGUUUUAUAGUUUACUGAUGGAAGAGUAAAAGAAAGACAUGAUGUAACAAUUGGAAUAGAGUUUGCUGUGAAAACUGUUCGUGUAAAUCAAAAAAAUAUUAAGCUUUAGAUUUGGGAUACUGCAGGUUAAGAAAAUUUCAAAUCAAUUACAAAAUCUUAUUAUAGAUCAGCUAUAGGAGCAAUAUUAGUAUAUGAUAUUACAAAAAAAGAAAGCUUUUAAAAUAUAUCUAAAUGGCUUUAAGAAAUAAAAACAAAUGGAAAUAAAUAUAUAGUUUUUGCCUUGAUAGGAAAUAAAAAAGACAAAGAAGAAAAUCGAUAAAUAUCUAAAGAAGAAGCUGAAUCAUUUGCGCAUUAAAAUAAUUUACUUUUUUUUGAACUAACAGCUAAUAAUAAUGAAAGUGUAAAUAAUGCUUUUAUUAAAAUUUCUGAGCGAAUCGAAUAGUUGAUAAAAAAUUAAUAAAUAUAAUUAGGAGACUUAAACUAAGGCGUUAAAAUUGGAUCAGAAUAUAAUGAAUCAUCAAGCUAAUAAUCAUAUCAAUCAUAAUAAUUGGCAACACCUUUAAGUAGUUAUAAAAAGGAGUAAUCGAAGUCUUAUUGCUGUUGA